ACCCCCCCCCCCCUCCUUUUUUUUUUUAAGAACUUGGCCGGUCAAAGUCUUUGCAGCUAUUUGAUACUGAUUGGAGUGACCUCAACAUAACGCAAGGGAGGGGUCUCACUGACUGGGAGGUCAAUAGAAGACAACUCAAGCAUGUCCUAGAAAUCUAUUUAAGUUGUCUUAUGCUCAGCUCUUCCAUGUCACCUGUUAGUCAAUAAUAUAGCAGCCAUGGCCUUCCUCUUUUUCUUCUUCUUCUAAUAUCUUCCAUGUCUUUCCUCUUAUUCCGUAGUAAAGCAGCCAUGAGCCAUCCUCUGUUCUUUCCUUUCCUAUUUAUCUUCCUUAGCCUUCUCAACGUCCCUUACACUUUUGCAACCAACUCCAUCUUUGUGAACCAAUCUCUCUCUGGAAACCAGACCAUAAUCUCCCAAGGUGGCAAUUUUGUGCUAGGCUUCUUCCAGCCAGGUAACAAAUCCACCCACAACUACUACAUAGGCAUCUGGUUCAAUAAGGUCUCACAGCUUACUCCAGUUUGGGUAGCAAACAGGGAGACACCCAUCUCUGACCCAACCUCAUCAGAGCUCAAAAUCUCUGAUGAUGGCAACUUGGUCCUCCUCAAUCAGUUCAAGAAGCGAGUCUGGUCUACAAACCUUGCCUCCAUAGCUUCCAAGUCUACAACUGCUGUGAUCCUAGACUCUGGAAACCUUGUUCUUAGAGAUGACUCUGACCCAUCCAAAGUCGUCUGGCAGAGCUUUGACCACCCAACUGACACAUUAUUACCUGGAAUGAAGCUUGGUAUGAACAAGGUGACUGGAGAGAGGUGGCAUCUCACCUCCUGGAAGAAUUCUGAUGAUCCUGCCCCUGGGAUCUUCUCUUUUGGGAUAGACCCCCAUGGUUCCAGCCAGUUCAUCAUAGUAUGGAACGGAGCCAGGCAGUAUUGGAGCACUGGAUACUGGAAUGGACAUCUCUUCACUGGUAUUCCUGAGUUGGCAUUAAAUAAUAUCUACAACCUUGAAUUCAUCUCCAAUGCAACAGAGAACUACUUCGCCUACACUACUAUCGAUGAUAAGAUGAUCUGCAGGACUGUUCUGGGUAUCUCAGGGCAGGUCAAGCAGCUGGCCUGGCUGGAGGGAGUCCAGCAGUGGAUGCUCUUCUGGUCUGCGCCCAAACAGCAGUGUGAUGUCUAUGCUUUCUGUGGUCCUUUUGGCAGCUGCAAUGAGAAGAGCCUGCCUUUCUGCAGCUGUGUGAAGGGCUUCAGUGAGGCUUCUCCGAGCAAUUGGGAUUUAGGCGACCAGAGUCAGGGCUGUCUGAGAAACACUCCAUUGCAGUGCAGUACUAACAGCUCGGCCAGUCAUGGGGAUAAAGAUAAGUUCUUUAUGAUGCCUGGCAUGAGAUUGCCGAUUAAUAACCAGUCUGCAGCAGUUGCCAGUAGUGAAGAUUGCGAGUUAGCUUGCUUGAAGAAUUGCUCUUGUACUGCUUAUUCUUAUAGUAGGGGAUGCACUGUAUGGCAUGGAGACUUGCUGAAUUUACAACAGCAAUCAGAUGGAUCGUUUGGGGAGACCCUUUACCUCCGUCUCGCUGCUUCGGAGCUGCCAAAUUCCAAAUCCAGGAAGCGACUAUCUAUUGGAUUUGUGGUGGGUGUGGUGGUCGGCGUUUUAGCUUUAUUUGCAAUUGCUUUCAUGCUGAUUUUGGGGCAUCAACGGAGACGAAUAAUUAGUACUGCGAGAGCCAUGGAGAAUAAUUUGGUGCUGUUUAAGUAUGGUGACUUGCAGCGAAUAACAAAAAACUUUUCAGAGAAAUUAGGGGGAGGAGGGUUCGGUUCUGUCUUUAAAGGGCUGCUACCUGACUCGACUGUUGUUGCUGUAAAGAAGCUUGAAGGUCUUCAUCAAGGGGAGAAGCAAUUCCGAACAGAGGUGAGCACCAUCGGAAAAAUUCAGCAUGUUAACUUGGUUCGCCUUCGUGGAUUCUGCUCUGAAGGGACUAAAAGGUUGCUGGUCUAUGAUUACAUGCCAAAUAGUUCUCUAGACACUAAGCUAUUUCAAAGCAAUUCCAUGGUUUUGGAUUGGAAAUCAAGGUACCAAAUUGCCCUUGGAGCUGCUAGAGGAUUAGCUUAUCUACAUGAGAAAUGUAGGGACUGCAUCAUACAUUGUGACAUCAAACCAGAGAAUGUACUCCUGGAUGCAUCAUUUGUCCCAAAACUGGCAGAUUUCGGCCUUGCAAAGCUUGUGGGCCGUGACUUUAGCAGAGUUCUGACGACGAUGAGGGGAACCAUAGGCUAUCUUGCACCAGAAUGGAUUUCCGGUGUACCUAUCACUGCCAAAGCUGAUGUUUAUAGCUACGGGAUGAUGCUUCUGGAGAUUAUAUCAGGACGGAGAAAUGCAGAGCAAUCAGAAGAUGGAAAGAAUGCCUUUUUCCCUGUGUUAGCUGUUAAUAGAGUCAUCGAAGGAGAUGUUCUUAGCUUGUUGGAUCACAAGCUGAAUGGUGAUGCUGACUUGGAAGAGCUUGAUCGAGCCUGUAAGAUUGCUUGUUGGUGCAUUCAGGAUAUGGAGUUUCACCGGCCAUCAAUGGGUCAAGUUGUCCAAAUUCUAGAGGGCAUCAGCGAAGUUGACAUGCCUCCUGUUCCAAGGGCACUUUGUGUUCUUGCACAGAACACGGAGGGCAUAGUCUCCUAGUCGGACUUGUCUUCAGGUCAGAGCUCGCAAAUUCGCAAUACCAACUCAACUAGCUGUCAACCUAAGCUAGCGUCUUCAGCAUUCUAAGGGUUGAGAAAUUUGGGAUAUUUCAUUUUUCCCUGUUUAAGUUUGUUUAGAAAUUUGGGAUAUUUCAUUUUUCCCUGUUUAAGUUUGAAUGAGUCCAUUUUGUAAUCUAUAUCCAUGUACAAGCGGUUCA